AAAAAAUAAAAGAGAAAUAAAGAAAGGAAGACGCUUUUCACUUCUCAGCAGGGUUUAAGAACAGAGAAGCAGCAAUCGGUUUCUUCUAGGGUUUUAUGAAAAUUCUCUAAGCGAGCUCUUACUGUUUUCUCUGCCAAACACAAAUGGCGUUCUGGGGAACUGAAGUGAAACCCGGAAAGCCUUUCACUCAUAUCUUUGAUGGCUUGAAAGGACGGCUUCACAUUUCAGUGGCAACAUUGGGGACUGGGACAGCAACCAAAAAAAGCAUACUUCAGUGUAAUGUAGGAAACAAGAGUCCAGUUUACCUGUGCUCAUUGUUUCCUGAGAAGGCUGAAUCAUUGCAAAUAAAUGUGGAAUUUGAGGAGUCUGAAGAAGUCAUCUUCUCGGUAAUUGGUCCUCGGAGUGUUCACCUCUCUGGCUACUAUCUUGGUGGUCAUCGGCAUCGCAAUUUAGAUGAUAAUUCAGAAUCCUAUGGGGAAGAUAUUGCUGACUCAGAAACACAGAGAUCCAUUAACAGUGAAGAAGAUAAGUAUGAUGAUAGUUUUAUUGAUGACGAUGACCCAGAAGUUUACCCAUCUUCUCCUGUUUCUGAUAGUGGAGAUUCUGGUUCUGGUUAUCCAGAGGAGGUUUCGAAUAAGAAGAAACCUCAGAAUGGGAAGGGCGGCCGCAGACGACUUAGAAAGAUGUACCAACUGAGUGAGUCAGAAAUGGAAAGUGAAGAUGAAGACAGAUGUCCGAUUGCCUCUUUGAAGACAAAAUCCGCUUCAAAGAGCACAACAGAGGAAGUGGAAGAAAAAGUUGAGAAGAGAACCGUUGAUACCAGCAGCAAGAAGACAGAGGAUGGUGUCUUUAAUGCUACUGAAUCAAUCAAAGAUGGUGAUGAUGUGGAUGUAGGUGGUCAGUCGAAAAGGCAAUUUGACCUUCCAGUAGAUCCAGUGUCACCUUCUUCUGAAGUAGGCCCUGAAAAUGGUGGAACACCAAAGAGAAAAAGGAAAGAACGGCCAAAGGAGGAGAAAUCACUUGAAGCUGGUCUACUUGAAAAAGAGGAUGAAGCCCAGAAAGAUGAGGCAAGAGCUGACAAUAGGACCCAGAAUUUGUGUGUGGAAGAUGGACAAGAGCUGAAGGUGUCCAACAAUAGCGAAGCUAAAGUGCCAGAUAAUUUCUCGAAGCCUUUAACAGAGGUCGUCCCCGAAAAUGGUGAAAGACCAAAAAAGAAAAGGAGGAAGAGGGUGGAGGAGAAAACAUGUGAGGUUGUCAGCACUAACCCUGAUAAUGUUGUCAAAGAGGAUAAAGGCCAGCAGGAUGAGUCAAAGGGUGACAUGUGCCAAGAUCUGCCAGUGAGAAGUGAACAAAAUCAGAAGUCGGCCAAGGAUGGGAGUUCUGGCCAUUAUUCAGAUAGAUUUGUUGAUGGUCAAUCUGAUGAGAAGAAAGUUAAAAAGAAGAAAAAAAGUAAAACCCAAGCACAUGGGGAAGCUGUGAACACAGAUGUACCUCCCUUGGUGGCAGAAGGGAAUGCUGAUGCCAAGCCAUCUCAAAUUAGGACCUUCCCAAGUGGAUUGAGUAUUGAGGAGUUAGAAGCGGGAAAACCAGACGGGAAAAUUGCCACUUCAGGGAAAAAGAUCAGCGUUCACUAUGUUGGCAAGUUGAAAGAGAAUGGAAGAGUAAUUGACUCAACUGUUGGCAGUGCUCCUUCCAAGUUUCGCUUAGGUCAGGGAAAAGUUAUAGACGGCUGGGAUGUUGGUCUUGAUGGUAUGCGAGUUGGCGAAAAAAGAAGACUUGUUAUCCCACCACCAAUGGGCUUUGGGAGCAAUGGAGACGGUAAAGGCGUGCCACCAAACGCAUGGCUGGUAUACGAUGUUGAAUUACUGAAAGUUCGUUGAGUGAUCGAUUCUACUGCCUCCGAUACCGGCUUUUGUUUUUUUCUUUGUGCAAAUUUUGUAACUUUUCUCCCCCUCAUCAAAUGCAAAAGAAUGGCGGGAGUAGCAAAGUAGCUCAGUAUAGUUUUCAAAUGCCAACUUGUGGGAACAGCCUCAAGGCUUUGUGAUUGGAAGCUGGCUUUUGUGACCUUAAAUCAUUUUGUUUUGUUCUCUCCCUUUGGGUUCUUAAUCUUCACUGAACCACAUACCCAAAUGUAAAAGGUUUUUGGAUCAAUACACUGCCAGAGAGAUUACAACCGAAA